UUCUUUGGAUGAUUUUUGAUGCUAAAAAUAUAAAGCUCAUAAGCAAUCGAAGAUGGGAUCUCAAGAACCAUGCAUCUACAGAGUGCCAAGCCAAUUGCGUGAAGUGAAUCCAGAAGCCUAUAGACCUCGGAUGCUUCUCAUCGGCCCUCUUACUCAUUCCGCGAAACCUAAAGCUCAUACGGAUUCAAGGUAUCUAGAAUAUAAGAUGAUGGAGGACCAAAAGGUGUUGUACAAAGACGCUUUCACCAAAAGGCUAGAUACUGAUAAUGCAAUUCUUGAGGAUAUGAAGACCACCAUAAAAGAGGAAGAAGUAAAUAUUCGAGCAAGUUAUGCGGUAUCGACUACAUGGAUAUUAUCUGAUAUAUUCGUGGAGCUUAUACUUAACGAUUCAAUAUUUAUCGUGGAGUUCAUUCUCAGAAUGUACGAAAGUCAUGAAAAAAUUGGUGACAUGAUUGUGGACAAACCUUUUUACACUUCCACGGUUCUUGAUGAUCUUACCUUGCUCGAGAAUCAGCUUCCCUACUUCUGUUUAAUCAAUGAUAGUGGUAUGAUCAAUGAGAAUACAAAGUUCAAUCACUUCACAGAUUUAUUCCGGUGUGUUUACAAGGAAUCGCUUGGCCAAAAUAUAGAGUUGAAAGACUCAAACAGCCAGAUCGUGGAUAUGAAGAACGCGGAUAAGUUAUCUAGUGUAGGAGUGGAAUUUAAGGUAGUGAAGCGUGAGUUUUCGCUGAAUGUAUCAUUCGAGGAAGGUUUCUUAAUAUUGCCGAGUUUUCCUGCCGAUGAAUCUUCUAAUAUCAUCCUUAGAAAUGUCAUUGCAUAUGAGCAAUGCCAUGAUCCUGAAAAUGCAUUCACUACAAAUUACAUACAUUUCAUGAAUUUCCUUAUUACCUCAGAUGAAGACGUGACGUUACUCACUUCAGCAGGGGUGCUAACAAACGGUGUAGGGCGGUCAAGCAUGGUGCUAAAGAUGGUGAAUAACUUAGCUAUAGGAGUGUUGCUAUCAAAUCAAAGUCAAUAUCACGACAUUGUCGAGAAACUCAACAUUCACCAUAAUUCUCGUAGGAAAAGGAUAUGGGCGAAACUCAGAAAAGUCUACUUCAGCGACCUGUGGACGACAACAGCUACGUUAGCUGCCAUAUCUCUUUUGCUACUGACUCUAGCUGGGACAGUGGCUUCUAUUAUUCAAGCUAUCAAGAGUUAACGCUGUUUGCAUGCUUCGAUCUCAUAAAGAUUGUUUCAACUCUUGCUUUUGGCUUUUCCAAAUCUCUUGGCGAUGAUUUACUUUUUUCAAUAAAUAAGAAACGUCUUG